AUGACAGCGCCCCCUCUGGUCCUCCCGGGUUACUGCAGCUGUGUGGGCGCCAUGACCACGACACGGCUGCUCCUCCUCCUCCUCCUCUUCGUCACCUCAGGACUAACGCAGACCGCGGAGGAGCCCACCAGCCCCAGUGCGUUGGACCCGCUCAGCCGCCCCGAGUGCACCAAGAAAGAGCACCCCAAAGUCUCCAUCCAAGAUCAUGUGCGCCCGGGGGAAGGAUAA